UAUGCCCUUCAACCUUCCGACAUUGUAGAUGAUCCUUGUGGCUCAGAUGGCGAUCCUGCACUGUCUUCAGGCCCGACAGAGGACCUAGCGUCCCCAUCUCUGUCUGAAGAGGAGGUGUCACCUCAAAGGCCUAUGUCCCUCAAACAAGAAACAAAGAUGUUUUUCCCGCAGGAAAACAUUCCCCUGGACUUUGAAUUGCAACAGUCAGCUGUUCUAAAUGGUGCCCUUGGCAUCUGGAGUCGCAGGAGCAUUUUCACCGGAGAACAAUUUGGACCGUAUAUUGGCGAGCGAACACCUUCUGUCAGAGACCCCACUCAAGGCUGGCAGAUCUUGGACGGGUCAGGCCAUGUAAAAUACUGUGUUGAUGCCAGCAAGCCAGAUAUCGGGAGCUGGCUGAAAUACAUCCAGUUUGCCCCCAGUGCCAAGCAGCAUAACCUGACAGCCUGCCAGAUAGAUGAUCAGAUCUUCUACAAAGUCACUCGAGACAUUUUCCCCGGUGAGGAGCUUCUACUUUUCAUGAAGGCAGAAGAGUAUUCAUGUGAUACUUCCAUGGCUCCUGAUAUUCAUGAAGAGAGGCAGUACCGCUGUGAAGACUGUGACCAGCACUUUGAGUCUCGCAGCCAGCUGCUGGACCACCAGAUGCAGCAGUGUGGGAUGCCUCCCUCCUCCUUUCUCGAUGCAGGAGAGGACAGUGACAUCAAUGCCCAGGAACCUCAAGACCUUCGACCCUUCCAUAUGUCUCAUGAGUUUCAUGAGUGUAAAGAAUGUGAUCAGGUCUUCCCAGAUAUCCAAAGCCUGGAGGCUCAUACUCUGUCCCACUCUGAGGAGAGGGAAUAUAAGUGCGACCAGUGUCCCAAGGCCUUCAACUGGAAAUCAAACCUUAUCCGACAUCAGAUGUCGCAUGACAGUGGCAAGCACCAUGAAUGUGAAAACUGCUCAAAGCAGGUGUUCACAGACCCCAGUAACCUGCAGAGGCACAUUCGCUCGCAGCACGUUGGGGCACGGGCCCAUGCCUGCUCUGACUGUGGCAAGACGUUCGCAACGUCUUCGGGCCUAAAGCAACAUAAGCACAUCCACAGCAGUGUCAAGCCCUUCAUGUGUGAGGUAUGCCAUAAGUCCUACACGCAGUUCUCAAACCUAUGCCGUCAUAAACGUAUGCAUGCUGACUGCAGAACACAGAUAAAAUGCAAAGACUGUGGACAGAUGUUCAGCACCACCUCGUCCCUGAAUAAACACCGGCGUUUUUGCGAGGGAAAAAACCAUUUCGCGACAGGAGGAUUAUUUGCUCAAAGUAUGUCACUCCCCGGUGGUCCAGGUUUGGACAAAUCAGCAUUGGCCCUGGCCCACAGCAGUGCUGGAUUGGCUGAUUAUUUUGGAGCUAGCCGCCAUCACGGUGGACUUACUUUCCCUGCCGCUCCAACCUUCCCGUUCAGUUUCCCUGGCCUUUUUCCUUCUGGACUCUACCACCGUCCACCACUAAUCCCUACCACUUCUUCCCCGGUUAGACAACCGGCUCUCACAGCUGUUGCUGGGCCUGGUGCUGAGGUAAGCCAGAAUCCGCUGCUGCCUCCUAGCCCGGGAGCUCAGGAGUCCAGAGAGCUCCUCAAGGCGCUUCGAAAGGAUGAUGGUGGUCUUGAAAGUCAGAUCGCCGCUUCAGACCUUCAUACACAUAGCUCAUUGUCCUCCACCAAACAACGCAACAAGCAAAGUGACCAAUCUGAGAGCAGUGAUCUUGAUGAUGUCAGCACACCCAGUGGAAGCGAUCUAGAGAGUAUGUCAAGCUCUGAGCUUGAAAGUGACAUGGACAGUGAGAGAGACAGGGGGGGUAUGCGGGAAAAUGGCCAAAGCCGCAAAAGGAAGGGUAGCGACGGUAGUCCCCAGAGUUUGAGCCUGACAAGCAGCAAUGCUGGACCUUCCCUCAUCCCUUCCUCACUGGAUGAGCACACAGCUGUUACAGGGGCUGUCAAUGACUCUAUUAAGGCCAUUGCCUCCAUUGCGGAGAAGUAUUUUGGCUCUACAGGCCUGGCUGGCCUGCAGGACAAAAAAGUCGGGUCACUGCCCUAUCCUUCCAUGUUCCCUUUACCUUUUUUCACAUCUUUCUCUCCACCGGUCUAUCCUGUUCAAGACAGAGAUGUCCGAUCCCAAAUGCUGAAGGGUGAGCCACAGUUGCAGACAGAAGAUUGCAGAAAGGCUCAGAGCAAGUCUUCAUCAGAGUCACCAUUUGACCUCACCACAAGACGAAAGGAGGAGAAGUCUAGCACGUUUGCGCCUUCCAAACGAGAAACCUCUCAUUUCACUGGUCAGGAUCAACCUUUGGACCUCAGCCUAGGCACCAGAGACCGUGGAUGCAGUACUAGAGAAGAAGAGAAAAAAAUGACGAAGAAUGAUGGUCAUCAAGAUGAGAAGGCAGUCAUGGAAACGCCAAAGCCUGACUCCUCGUUACAACAUGCCAGGCCGACUCCUUUCUUCAUGGACCCCAUCUACAGGGUUGAGAAGAGGAGAAUGAGUGAUCCGUUUGAGACGCUGAAAGACAAGUACAUGCGGCCAGCUCCAGGCUUCCUCUUCCAUCCUCAGUUUCGUUUGCCAGAUCAGAACACAUGGAUGUCAGCUAUUGAGAACAUGGCUGAGAAGCUUGAAACUUACGGCUCUCUGAAGCCCGAGUCUGGUGAACUGCUGCGUUCUGUCCCUUCCAUGUUUGACUUCAGAGCUCCACCUUCAACACUUCCAGAGACGCUUCUACGUAAAGGCAAGGAGCGCUAUACUUGCAGAUAUUGUGGAAAAAUCUUCCCACGUUCUGCCAACUUGACACGCCACCUUAGGACUCAUACAGGGGAGCAACCUUAUAGGUGUAAAUACUGCGACCGCUCUUUCAGCAUCUCCUCCAACCUGCAGCGCCACAUUCGUAACAUCCACAACAAGGAAAAGCCCUUUAAGUGCCACUUGUGUGAUCGAUGCUUUGGUCAGCAAACCAACCUGGAUCGUCACCUUAAGAAGCACGAAAAUGGCAAUCUGUCAGGUACUGCAAUGUCUUCACCACAGUCGGAACUAGACGGUAGCAGUGCCAUAUUGGACGACAAAGAAGACUCAUACUUCAAUGAAAUAAGAAACUUCAUCAGCAACGCAGGCCAGAGUCAAACAUCACCGGACCCCUCUGAAGAAGGUGUCAAUGGCACAGACUUUGAAGAAAAGAAUCUACUGAUGGCCAGGCAUGGGUCACAUGACUUGGAAGACGAGGAAGCAGACGAGCUUGCUGCUGAUGAAGAAAGGGAAGAGCUCAGUAACACUCUAAUUAAACCCCAAGAAAAGCUGUCGCCCUGCAAUAUUAGUGAUGACAUCAUACAAGAUGAAAUGGAAUUCAGUCAGGCAAAUGACUUGAGCCAGAAUUGCAAAAUCUCCCCGAAGAGGUAUAAGGAUGAGGAAGAGCCAAGUGGCUACUCUGCCUUGGAUCAGAUUCGUCACUUUUCAGAUAUCAACAAGCUGGAGGAGAGUGAAUUGAGCGAUGGGGAGGGUGAUGAAGAACAUCAAUCGUUUGCCCCAACCUCUCUCAACGAAGCAGUAAAACAGCCUCUCUUUAGGAAAUCAAAGUCACAGGCGUAUGCCAUGAUGUUGUCUUUGGCUGAAAAGGAAAGUCUCCACCCCUCCACCCAUACCACGGCUUCCAUGUGGCACAGUCUGGCUCGGGCUGCUGCUGAAUCCAGUGCCCUCCAGUCCCUCAGCCAUGUAUGA